UAUAGCGGGGCAGUAUAAUUAGACAUUGGAAAUGUCAGGAAUAGUUGAGAUUUUAUAAUUUCCCAAAAUACCCCCUUAGUGACUUUUAGUGGUUUUUAGUGUUGAAGGGGCAAAAUGAUCAUUUUGCCAAUUUUUGUUUUGUCUUAUAUGGUUUUAAUUAAGCUAAAUAAAUCUAUUGUUGAGUUAUAUGUUUGGCUGAUAUCUAUACAUUUUACUAAGAGCGGAUAUGCCCUUCUAAGAAAAUCGUAUAACCUUUUAUUAAAAUUCUAAUUAUAUCCUUUUUAAAAUUUCAAUUAUAUCAUUUUAUUUUUACUAAAAGCUCAUUGUCAUGUUUAUCCUAUCUCAUAGUCUAAUAUCUCAUAGUUUGUUUGAUGCUCUCCUCUCUCUUGUCAGCCACUACUAAAAUCAUCAAGAUUUAUAUCUUCAUUUUGGUUCUGAAGCUUCAAAACUCAGAGUUUUAUAGCAAAUCCUAAAGUGUAAAUGGGAGGUAUUAUUUAUAAGAUGGGUGAUAAAAUAAAAAAGAGAAGUUGGUAUAGCAACUUAACUGAAGACAAAAAAGAGGAAAUUAGAAAAAGAAAAAGGGAUGUCUAUGCAUUAAAGAAACAUCAAGGCAAAAAUCCAACACAACUACAACACCCUAAGGAAGUGUGUGUUUCUCCCACCAAUCCUCAAUGUCAAAUGAUUAAGAGAAGGAGACAUACCAAUUACCCAACAACUUUUGAAGUUGGUGAGAAUAGUUUUUUGUUAUGUUGAUUUUCUUUAACCAUAAAUUAACUUAAUUUUGUAAAAGUUAUUAAUAUUUAAACUUUUUAUAGGUUCAACAUCAACAAAUACCCAUUCAUAUGUUUUGAAAAGAAACCAUCAUGUUUCUACUUUACAAAAUAUUGUUGAUAAACCUGAUAUAUUGAAAUCUGAAUCUAUUUGUAAAUAUUGUUUUGCAAAGAAAUUUAAUUAUGAGCCAAAAGGUUUUUGUUGUGCAGAUGGAACUAUUUCUCUAUUGUCUAAUAAUGUCUGUGAUGAAUUGUACAAUCUUCUUACUUUACCAACUGAUGAAGAAAAAGAGUUUCAAAAAUAUGCACGCACUUACAAUAAUACUUUUGCAUUUACAUCAUGUGGUAUUAAAUAUGAUAAAAACCUUUGCAAAAAUAAUAAAGGUGUUUAUACAUUUCGCGUACAAGGACAAAUUUACCAUUUCAUAAAUGAGUUAUUACCAUUUGAAAAACAACUUUCUCAUCUUCAACUUUUUUUUAUGACACUGAACAAGAGUUAGAAUAUCGAUUGCACUCUUCAACCAAAUUUAACUUCUCUAUCUUAACUAAACUUGUUCACAUAUUGAAAGUUAAUCCUUAUACUAAAUUCUUUAGAAGCUUAAGGGAUUUUCCUAAUUUAGAGAAUUAUAAGAUUAGAAUAAGAUUAGAUGUUGAUCUAGAUCAAAGAGUGUACAAUAAUCUUUCAGUGUCACAAGUUGCUACUGUAUGGGUGAAUGAUGAGUCAUUAGGAGAACAUAGAUGGCGAGAUAUUACUGUUACCACUGAGGCAGGAUUCUCACAUAAGGUAGACUAUUAUUAUGGCUGCUAUGAUCCACUACAAUAUCCUUUAUUGUUCCCAUAUGGAGAAAGUGGAUGGUGUCGAGGAAUAAAAAAGAUUAAUCAUAGCUCGAAAUCCCAACCUCAAACAAAGUAUGAUGAAUCAGUUGCUUUAUCGGUUAUAGGGUCACCCACUGAUUUAUUACAAAAAGAAUUUGUUAGAAAGCAAAAAAAAGAUGAAGUUUGUUGUAGAAAAUAUUAUUGUUACAAAUUACAAAUUAGAGAUGGAGAAAAAAUAAUGAUCUUACGAGCAGGCCGACUUUUGCAACAAUAUAUUGUUGAUAUGUAUGUUAAGCUUAAAACAUUUAGCUAGACUAUUUUCGUUUAAAGCAAGAUGAUAUAAGAGCUGACCUAUAUCAGGGAAUCAUUGAUAGCUUAGAGAUGGGUGAGAAUCAAGGAUCUAAAGUUAGACAUAGAACUGUUUUGCCAUCAUCAUUUAUUGGAGGUCCUAGAGACAUGAGAAAAAGAUAUAUGGAUGCAAUGGCAUUAGUACAACGAUUUGGAAAACCAGAUAUAUCCUUGACUAUGACAUGCAAUCCGAGCUGGUUAUAAAUAAAAAAAGAAUUACAAGAAAAUGAUGAAGCUCAAAAUCGUCCAGAUUUGGUUGCAAGAGUAUUUAGAGCAAAAUUAGAAGAAUAAAAAUCAAAGUUAUUGAAAAAACAAAUAUUUGGACCUAUAGCUGCUUCUGUGUAUGUAAUAGAGUUUUAAAAAAUAGGACUUUCGCAUGUUCAUUUUUUUACUAAUUUUGAAACCCAGUGCAAAAAUAUAUCCACUUGAAAGUUAUGACAAAAUUGUUUCUGCUGAAAUUUCAAAUAAGCUUGAAAAUCCUCAUUUAUAUAGAAUGGUUCUCCAACAUAUGAUACACGGUCCAUGUGGUCGUUUAAAUCCAAAAAAUAUUUGUAUGACUACGAAAGGAAAUUGUAGAAACCAUUAUCCCAAAUCGUUCUACUCAAUGAUUAGCCUUGGCCAAAACUCUUAUGCUAAUUAUAAACGUCGUGAUAAUGGAGAUACAAUUAGUAUAAGAAAAGUUAUUUUAGAUAAUCGAUGGGUUGUUCCAUAUAAUUCUUAUUUGCUUGCGAAAUUUGAUUGUCAUUUAAAUGUCAAAAUAUGCUCAACUAUAAAAGCAAUCAAAUAUUUGUACAAAUAUAUUUACAAGGGCCAUGAUCGUGUUGCUUUUAAUGUAACUUUACAAGAUGACACAAGUACAAUUAAUGAAAUUGAUAAUUUCCAAUGUGCAAGAUGGGUUUCUCCUCCUAAAGCAGCUUGGAGAAUUUAUCGAUUUUAUUUAAAUGAAAUGCAUCCUGUUGUUUAUUCGCUACAAUUUUAUCUUGAGAAUAAACAAUUAGUUAGUUUCAAAAACUUUGAUAAACUCUCUAACAUAGCAAAAUAUGAUUUAUAUUCUAAAUCUAUGUUAACAGAAUAUUUUAGAAUGAAUAAAACUAAUGAAAUUGCUCGUACAUUGCUUUAUAAAGAUUUUCCACAAUUUUUUGUUUGGAUCCAACAAUAUAGGUUAUGGGUAACUAGGAAAAAAGGAAAUGUCAUUGGUAAAGUUAUAUCUGCUUAUCCAACUGAAGGUGAAAGGUAUUAUCUAAGAUUAUUGUUGAACCAUAUUAAAGGCCCAACUUCAUUUCUUGAUCUUAAAACUGUGCAUGGUGUUGUGUGGUGACAACUUAUAGGGAGUCUGCUUUUUUGCAUGGGUUAUUGCAAUCUGACAGCACACUACAAGAAUGUUUAGAAGAAGCUAGCAUGUAUCAAAUGCCUUAUAUUUUUCGUUGACUAUUUGCUACUAUUUUGAUAUUUUGUAAACCAUCUAAUCCUAGGUUGUUGUUUCAGAAGUUUGAAAAUGUUACGUCAGAAGAUUACACAAAUCAAAAACUUUUUGUCGCUGAUGUUAGAGUAAAAGUAUUAAAACAUAUACGAUUAGUUCUAGAAUCGAUGGGUAGUGAUAUUAACGAAUAUCAAUUAGUCGAUCAUCAAAUUGUUGUUAAUGAAAAUGGAAGCAUUAUGAAAGAAAUUAAUGAUUAAUUGCAUAUAGUAGUUUCAGAUGCAGACUUGUUGUCUAUAUCAUUACUUACCUUAGAACAAAAGCAUGCAUAUGAUAUAAUCAUCAAUAAAAUUUAUGCUAAAGAAGCAGGAAUAUUUUUUGUAGAUGGACCUGGAGGAAUAGGAAAAACACAUUUAUAUAAAUGUAUUCUAGCUACUGUUAGGUCAAAAGGUUUGAUAGGGCUGGCAACAGCAUCAUCUGGUGUAGCUGCAUCUGUAUUAACCGGUGGGCGGACAACACAUUCAAGGUUUAAAAUUCCUCUUAAUAUAGAUAAAGAUGUCACAUGCAAUGUUAGUAAACAAUCAAGCUUAGGAAAGUUGCUUCAACAUACGAAUUUGAUAAUUUCGAAUGAAGGACCUAUGUCUCAUCGACGAGCAAUUGAAGCUUUAGAUCGAAUGUUACAAGAUAUAAAUGAGAAAAAAGAACCAUUUGGAGGAAUAGUUGUAGUUUUGGGAGGAGAUUUUAGACAAGUCUUACCAGUUAUUCAAAGGGGAGAAAAAGAGGAAAUUAUAGAUGCAAGUCAUGCUAUGUCUUAUCUAUAGCCCUCAUUUCAUAAGAUUAUAUUAACUAACAAUAUAAGAGCUAAAUCUGAUCCAGAGUUUUGUAAAUUUUUGAUACACAUUGGAGAAGGAUUAGAACCAACUGAUAAGAAUGAUAAAAUACAAAUUUCAUCUUCUAUGAUUAUUCCAUAUGAAGAAGACAAGGCAUUAGAGAACUUGAUAGAUAUUGUGUUUCCAAGCUUACCCCAAUAUUAUCAAAAUAUUAGUGAAAUGAUUGGUCGUGUCAUAUUAAUACCUAAAAAUGAUAAUGUUGAUGAAAUAAAUAAUAUGCUUAUAAAUAAAUUCCAUGGUGAUGUUGCUACAUAUUAUAGUUUUGAUGAAAAAGUUGAUAUAAAUGAUCAUGUAUUUGAAGAAGAUUUCUAUAAUAGCUUAGUACUAAGUGGAUUUCUUCCACACCAAUUGGUAUUAAAGAUUAAUUGUCCUAUUAUACUUCUUCGUAACAUUAAUCUAUCUGAAGGUCUAUGUAAUGGUACACGAUUAA